AUGUUAAGUUCUGAGCAAUCAAAUAAUGAAACUGAAUUCAAUUUUAGUGACAUCAAGACAAUUGAAGCAUUUGAAUACCCUAAUCAAGCAUCAAAAAAGAUUUGGAGUAUCAAUUCAAAUAAUAUUCUACAUAUAUCUUCACAAAUUAUAGAACUCAUUACAAAUAACAAAAUAUCUAUCCAAUUGUCACUUCACCUGAUUGAUAUUAUUUCACAACUUCGUGAUAAAGAUAUUAAAUUAUUUGCAGAACUUUACGAAAAGAUAUUAAACGAAUUCUCAUGCAUCAUCAAACCUGAAAAUGCGAAAUUAACGACGCUUCUACAUUACAAAGGUUUCAAAUUUGAAUUUUUCAAACCUACAAAGAAAGAAGAAGAAAUUCUCAAUUUAUAUCCAACAGAAUCUCCUUUAUACUAUAUUGCAUGGGAUAAAGUUGAUGACCUUAAGAGCAAAUUCCCAAAUAUAGAGAUUGAUCAGAAAAUUAAUGAAAUUACUCCAUUUGACUAUUAUUGCAAUCAGAACUAA